GGGGACCGGGAACUCCUCGGCCCCGCCCCCUCCGCCUUCGAGAUGCUGCUGGGUCGGGUCACCUCCACCCCCUUCUCUGUCAAUGACAUCCUGCGGCUGCAGCGGGAGCAGAGCGGCCCCGCGGCUUCGCCACACCGUGGGGUGCGGGGGAGCCCGGAAAAAUCUCCGUACCCGCGAAUGGACUCGGAGCCGCGAGGGUCAGAGAUUCACAACGCCGGUGGUGGUGGCAGCGGCGGCGGCAGCGACAGAAGACAAGACCGAUUGGAGCCACGUGGGGCUUCCUGUGAGGCAGUCGCCGAGAUGGACGCGGAAAGGGUGGGGGAGCCACAGCUCGGCCUGAGCGCGGCCUCGCCCCUCGGCGGCCGGACCCGGGAGCGCGGUGUUGGCGACACCGGCGACGGCGUGCGCGGUGGCGGCGCGGAGCAGCCCAGGGCGCGGCAGCGGCGGAAGCCGCGCGUGCUCUUCUCGCAGGCGCAGGUGCUGGCCCUGGAGCGGCGCUUCAAGCAGCAGCGGUACCUGUCGGCGCCCGAGCGCGAGCACCUGGCCAGCGCACUGCAGCUCACGUCCACGCAGGUCAAGAUCUGGUUCCAGAACCGGCGCUACAAGUGCAAGAGGCAGCGCCAGGACAAGUCGCUGGAACUGGCCGGCCACCCGCUAGCGCCGCGCCGGGUGGCGGUGCCCGUGCUGGUGCGGGAUGGCAAGCCCUGCCUGGGCCCCGGCGCGCCCGCCUUCCCCGGCCCCUACAGCGGCCCCGCACCGCCCUACUCCUGCUGCGGCGGCUACACCGGUGCCCCCUACGGCGCGGGCUACGGCGGCGCCUACGCCGGCGCGCCCUCGGGCCCCGCGGCACCCACACCACUGGCCAGCUCUGGCCUCGGUCCCGGAGGCCCUAACGUCACCCCACAGGGCCACCUGGCCACCACGCUGCAGGGCGUCAGAGCCUGGUGAGGCGCCUCGGCUCGGCUACGCCCGCCAGGGCCAGGUGCUCCGUCCCUUCCGUCCGCCUGCGGGUCGCUGCCAGGAUGAGCGAUCGCGGCGGUGUAGGGAAGUGGCGACCCAACAGCACUUCUCCCCGGAGCCAUCUCUGGGACUGCAAACUGCAUCAUCCAGCUGAAGUCCCUGGGGGCGUUUUUCCCCCAGGAGACGUAACAGGGGACGUCCGCCAGCUGCCCACGAGGUGGCACUGGGAGGGAAGAAAACCAGGGGCGGCUGUCAGUUUUGGAUGUCACAGCAGUACUGAGGCAAG